CGGCUUGCAUAGUGUCGCUGGUGUUCUCCAACUCGGCAAUCCAACACAAAACCGAAUGGUCGCCAUUAGGCCACCGAAAACAAACAUUCGAAACCUCAUCGCAUUCAUCUACCUCGUUCUUGUUGUUAUUGUAAGUACUCAGCGACGAUGUCGCGUUCAGUUCGGGCAGAGACACGGAGCCGCGCUAAGGAUGACAUAAAGAAAAUAAUGCAGGCUGUAGAGAAGGUCCGGCAUUGGGAGAAAAAAUGGGUCACAAUCGGAGAUACGACAAUGAAGAUUUACAAAUGGGUGCCGGUGGCGACAGGCGGCGAGAUGAAGAAAAGUAAACGGGAAUCUAAUAAAGAAAAUCUCAGGAAACAGACUGAAUCAUCCAACUCAAACUUCAGUAUGGCUGAGGACUCAAACACAUGUUUUUCAACUGUAAGUGAUUCUCAAGGACCAACAGACUUCUCCUCUUCACAUAUGACAUUCUCAGAAGAUUCCAAUUCACAUAGUAAUGAAUUACCUGUGAAACGAUUAAAGACUGAGUAAGGUGUGCUUGCAUUCAGGCAGCUUGUAAAUUAUUUCAUGUGGUGUAGAUGAGGUUUUAUGGUUUCUUCUAAUUGGGAAGAUGUACUGAUGUUGUUGGCCUCAAAUGUGGUAAGAAAUGAACUGUCGGAGAGGCGGGAUCUCCGUGUGCGCGGCUUGUGUGCAUAAUCAGCUUGUAAUGAAUUUUUUUCACCUGUAAAAUAUUACAAUUAUAAUUUUAAGUUUACAAGACACAAA